AUGCUCUGGAAGCAAGGAAUGACAACCAGUACUCUCAGAAGUCCUGGACAACCUGGAAUGCCUGGAACGGCUGGCUACGAUGGUGAACCGGCCCCGAAUAUCAGAAGAACAUACACCACAUCAGCCCAAUUAGCAGAAAGCCUCUGUACUCCAUGUCCUGCGGGCCCACCUGGUCAGCAAGGGCCGAAAGGAGCGACGGGAUAUCCCGGCUACAGAGGCGUGCGGGGGCCGCCAGGAGCGCCCGGUUUGCACGGGCGGCCUGGACCUAUUGGUCCAGUGGGAGAUGUUGGUGCAAGAGGACGUCAGGGCCAUAAAGGAUUCAAAGGAGCCAGGGGCUCUUUCGGAAUAACCAGCACCAAAGGGAAAGCAGGGCCUCCCGGACCGCCGGGAUCCAUGGGAGUGCCCGGUCCGCGUGGCAUCGGUGGCCCUCCGGGUGAUUAUGGAGCACCAGGGAGGCAAGGACCAGUCGGCCCAACUGGAGUACCGGGACCGCGUGGCGCUGAUGGUCUUGACGGGAACACAGGCAGAGAGGGUCUCAAAGGAGUGACUGGACCGCAUUGUCCUUGUACAACAGAACGAAAGCUUUACGAUUCAAUUCGAACUACAGAGCAAUAUCCCUCCACCGCUAUGGCAGGAGCUGCGCCUGCCUUUAGCCCUCGGCCGGACGACAUGAGCCUCACGGAGGAGCCUCAUAUGGAAACCGUCACUCCACCGAGAAUAGAAUACAGGAAGCGUUCCGCACCUCCGAAAAGUGAUCAAUCAACGCGCAGGAAUGUACGGAGUCUCCUACAUCAGAAGUCAAGGAAGCAAGCGGUGACACAAUGGAUUGACGGAAUAAUCGAUUUCGAUCCUUAUCGAGAAGGAUUAGUGUUCGCAAUAUAA